UCGACUCCCAGACUCACAGACACGAACUCCGCAUCCUCGAAAUGUUCCAUGAAAGUCGCCACCUGUGUUGUCUUCCACUCGCUGGAGUUGUCGAACAUGAAUGCGAUGUGGCGCCACCUGUACCGCCGCAUGACGAUUUGCAGGACAUGGGGGUACGGGUGCAGCAGGUCGCUCGCGAGGCGGGUCACGGUCGCGAACUGAGUCUUGUCGUCCAGGCGAGCCGACCCGGGGUAGACCGAUAUGAGGGGCAGGUUCCAGUCGUUCGCCAUGUACCCCAGUGUCUCGACCGCCGCGCUGCACGCUGGAAGAUCAUAACACAGAGGAAGAACUGGGCUAGGAGUCCCACAACCACUCGAACAGGCACGUGGUGUGCACACAGUUAGAAGAAGUCGGGGAGCGAACCUGCUGGCGGCCCUACAACACCAGCAGCAGCAGCAACAGUCGCAGCAACAUCCACAGCAACAUCAAGAGCAACAUCCACCGCAACAAAACAGAUAUAUAGACAUUUCGCCACCACCAAGUGUAACAUUUAUUGAAUGAAUUUUAAACAAUUAGAAUGUAGUAGAAGUUCUUAGUAAUAAAUAAUUAAGUAUUAUUAUGUGUUAUUGUGAAUUUAGCUACAAAUAUUUAAAUCUGAAUAUUUAUUACAACUAUC